CGCGACGCGCGCGCGCGACGCGAGCCGCGAGGACGGACGCGCGGGACGCGGCGCGCGGCGCGGGACGGACGCGGGACGCGGGACGCGCGCGCGGCCGGACGCGCGCGAGAUGGUGCUCGCGGAAUCAUCGACGACGACGACGACGACGACGACGGCGACGACGCGACGACGCGCGCGCGGACGCGGCGCGAAAAUCGUCCUGGCGUGCGCGUGCGCGAUCGUCGUCGCGGUGCGCGCGCGCGCGUGCGAGGCGAAUUUCGGGUGGAACGGGGAGAGCGACGCGGCGACGGCGGCGGACGGCGAGACGGCGACGGCGAACGUCGUCGCGGACGCGAAGAGGGAGGAGGUGCCCGUGGACGUGGAAUCGGUCGAAUCGGUGAUCAAGGAAAAGAAGCGACGGAAGAAGUCGGUGAAGAAGGCGGCGAAGAAGCCGGUCGAGGAGGAGGAAUUUAAGCCGUACGAUCCCGAGCUCGGCGAAGGCGAGAGCGCGAUCGGUUCGAUACACGAGGCGAUCGAUGACGACGAUAUGGAGGAGCUCGAAGAUUUGUUGAGAUGGAAGCCGAAUUUGAGAGAGAAGUGUCAAAAGUUGGGAGAGACGCGGCAUUACGUGCCGAUCAUGAAGGCGGCGUUCUUAGGAAACGCGCGAGCGAUGGAUUUGUUGAUCGAUUACGGCGCCAACGUAAACGAGAUUGACGCGAUCGGGUACACCGUGCUCAUGCGUUCGGUGUUAUCCAAGUGCGCGGAGUGCGUACGGAUCUUGGUCGAGGCCGGAGCUGUGGUCAAUUACGUGCAAAAGACACCGAUGAUGGACUUGGGGCUAUCGGCGCAAAAGCUCGCCAUGCUGAUGGGCGAACGCGAGAUCGCCGAGAUACUAAGGAAUGCCGGCGCGGAUGAAUUGGAAACCGGGGCGGAGAAGAAGCGCCGGCUGCAAAAGGAGGGUGCGGAGCGAUUCAAGGAACACGUCGAGGCGCAAGGCAUCGACGUAGAUAUCGACAAAUUGCUGAAUACGACGGUGGACGACUUGAACGUCAAAAACUCGCAAAGCGGCGACGUCGUGGUCAACGUCAACGGCACGAACGCUACAAUGACGCACGAUGAGACGAAAGAUUAUCGCAAUCUCGAAGAGAAGAUCGCACAGGCAAAGCUGAAGGCGGAGGCGGAGGCGCGAGCGAAAGAGGCGUGCGCCUCCGACGCCGGCGACGGCUCGUGCGCGUUCGAUCCCACCACCAAAGACGAGCUCUAA